AUGUUUUCCGAGGACGAGUGGGGAAUGUUCGCCCGGCCGGCCAAAUGCGGCGAAGCGGCCUUUCCCGUGCUCACGCCAUCCUCCGGACGUUCUGCCAUUGAUGAGGAAGUGGGGCUGCUUGACAUCACUCCCGGCAUGGUCGACGAGACCUCGCCGUUGAAGUUCCUUCAGAUUGUUGCCGUCAAGCCCUCCGAGGUGGAGAAUUAUCGAAUGAGCUCUCCAUUCUUCGUUGUCAUGGAGUUGCCGACCGAGUGCACAGUGAAUCAUCCGUGCUACGGCAAACAACGGCCGGAGGACUUGGGCAUCGGCUGUGCGAGGCACUGGAUGGUCAGAUUGGCGGCUGCGCUGCGGAUGACCUACGCUUUCUUCCUGGACGACACCGUGAGGUCUUGGCGUGGAGUGACUUUAGUCGAGGAUACCCAGAGCCUCUUCGGGGUACCGCCCGACAGCACCAGGGCGCGAUUCACCCCAGUUCCCCUUGCCAGGGUUAUGUCCUACCUCGCGGAGCCCAAGUUCCUCACAGAGGACAUGCCGGCAUUCGCAUCCUUCGGCUUCGCUAGGAUGGCUCCUGAGUUCCUCGCCGUGCGAAGGGCCUUUUGCCGCGCUCAUGUUUACUCCGGAUACCUCCUGAACAUUUCGAAAAUAGAGAAAGAGCGCCUGAACUUCAAGCAGGAACAGUUCAUCUGGGAGGACUUGGUCUUCAAUUUAGACUGUCACGACGUGGUGAGGAGCAACCGCUUCGCCAUGGUGAAAGUUCCCUUCAGCAGCGGUGGCUGCUCGGCGCAGCUUGCUCGCAGCGACAAGGCCACCUUCGUCCGGGUCGGGCGCCCGAUGGGUGUAGAGCCUGCAGCCAGAGCAUGCCUGGGCCCAGCUUUCGGUCAUUCUGCAAGCAGAAGACUCUCAAGGCUGAAAGGGUUCUACACGAGGUAG